GUGCUGGCUGCCGCGGGGGGCGGCUCCCGGCGGCGGGCGGUGGCGCUGGCGGCGGGAUGUGCGGGGCAGCGGUGGCGGUCAAAGUUUAUGUGGCUCACUCAAAUUAGUGUUGUUUUAACCAUCCUGUAGAAGAUGAGUAUGAUGCCAAACAGAAGUAACCUCUCCUUUCAGAAUGUUGGAUCAGAUUCCAGCAAGAUUAUGGCAGAGUACAGCCACACACAAAACCAGAUGGAAUUACAAAAUGCUGGUCUGGGAAAAGGUUCUGUGGCAAAUUCCCUUGAAAACGGUCUCCAGGAUAUUAUGGAAAACCUCAGCACGAAGAAAUAUUCAUCAAGUCUCAAAUUUAAAACAAAUGGGGACUACGCUGGCUCAUAUUUAACCCUUUCACCACCGAUACCAGUUAAGCCCAAUUCCUCCUCCAGUGUUAAAAGCAUACAUUCUAUUAGCAAAAUCCAAGGAAGUAAGCAGUUUCCCUGUGAAAGCCCUUAUCUUCCAGACAAAAGCAUCUCUGUGAAGCAUUUGGGUUCUCUGUCAGGCACAUCUCCAUCCCUCAGCGGGUACAAUUUAGGAAGGACAGACUUUGAUAUUCAUGCCAGCAGAGAAAAUGAAAAAUCCCUUGGACACAUGGAUAAGUUCCACUACUCAAAGUACAGUCAGAAAAACAAGUCCUAUGACAAUGUCUACUUCCCAGGAAUGCUGGAGACAAAGAAAAUCUCAGGCUCUCUGCUGACCAUGUGGAAUGGGAGCUCAGGGAAUGAGCUGAUGCUUUCACCUGCUAGCAAUUCAGGGGCGGCCAGCAUGCCUUCCAGCCCAAAGCAAGGCAGGAGGAUGAAUGUGGAAGACAGCCUGGCUCCUCACAUAAAGCCAGCUAAACACAAGGAUGUGAUGAUGGAGACUCUGAGUUCCCGGCCUAGGAAAUACUCUGGUGGAUCUCUAAGCCAUAUGGGAAUGUACAGUCGCUCCCUACCCAGACUUUACAGACCAACAGAAAGCCAGCUGGUGCCAUUAAGUUUGCCCCCCAGAAGCUCUCUGGGUAACACUAAAAGAAAAAAACUUGGAGAAAAAGAUCUACCUCAGAAUGCUUUAGAUGCUGAUAAUUACCUGAAUUUUUCUUCUUGCAGCUCAGGGGUUCCACCACCACACACAAACUCUGUCUCUGGGAAUAAUCCCUAUGUUAGCUCCACCCUUAGUGUUCCUGCAAGCCCUCGGGUAGCUAAAAAAAUGCUUUUAGCACCUUCUCCCCCGUAUCUCUCCGAUGAUUUUGAUAGAUCUGGACUCUCAGGAACAAGUCCCAGUAGCUCUUUCUCCCCAGGGGAUUUUGACAGGUCAUUCUCUGUCCGAAGAAACCUUUCCACCAGUUCUGUGGAACUUGAUGACCUGGAUGUGGAAAGUUACAGGCAGACCCCAAACUCCCUGCAGACAUCCAUGCGGGAGCGGAAGAGCAGCAUUAGCUCCAUUUCAGGCAGAGAAGACCUCAUGGACUAUCACAGGAGACAGAGGGAGGAGCGGCUCCGGGAGCAAGAGAUGGAACGGCUGGAGUGGCAGCGGCUGGAGACAAUCCUCAAUCUGUGUGCAGAAUACUCCAAACCUGACAGUGACCCCUCUGCAGCUACAACUGUUGCUGAUGUUCAGAAAAUUAACAAAGAACUCGAAAAACUUCAGCUCUCUGAUGAGGAUUCAGUGUUUGAAGACUCCCAAAUGAAUUUGGAGCCGAGGUUCAGAGGCCACCUGAAGUCAUCAGCCAGCGACUCGGAUUUCUCCGAGCUGAGCAGCCACAGCCGUGGCACUGCCACCGUCUUCUCCUCGCGAGGGCCAAGGGUGGAGGACCGCUUUGAUGAGAGCGCCAGGCCUCCGCCCUUUGCUGUGCCUGGCUUCCUGAAGGAUGCCCACGAGUCCUCCUACCUGAGCAUCACUCCAAAGAUACCAGAAUGUUCGAGUGAUGAGCAAAGAGGGCGGGAACUUGGUCGACUGGAAGAGGAACGCAUAGCAAUACUAAACAACUUGGAAGAACUUGAGCAGAAGAUCAAAGAUUUGAAUGAUCAGAUGGAUGAAUCCUCCAGAGAGUUGGAUAUGGAAUGUGCCCUUUUGGAUGGGGAACAGAAAUCUGAAACAACAGAGCUGCUGAAAGAGAAGGAAAUACUGGAUCAUCUAAACAGAAAAAUAGCUGAGCUGGAGAGAAAUGUUAUUGGUGAAAAAACAAAGGAAAAAUUAAAACUUGAUGCUGAGAGGGAAAAACUAGAGAGGCUUCAGGAGCUUUACUCCGAGCAGAAGACGCAGCUUGAUAAUUGCCCUGAGUCCAUGAGGGAACAAUUACAGCAGCAGCUGAAGAGGGAUGCUGAUCUUUUGGACAUAGAAAGCAAACACUUUGAAGAUCUGGAAUUUCAGCAGCUUGAACAUGAAAGCAGAUUAGAUGAAGAGAAAGAAAAUCUGACACAGCAGCUCCUGCGUGAAGUAGCUGAGUAUCAGCGCAGCAUCGUCAGUAGAAAGGAAAAGAUUUCUGCUCUCAAAAAGCAAGCCAAUCAUAUUGUCCAACAAGCACAAAGAGAACAAGAUCAUUUUGUGAAAGAGAAAAACAACUUAAUAAUGAUGCUGCAAAGGGAAAAAGAGAAUCUCUGUAAUCUGGAAAAGAAAUAUUCCAUGCUUUCUAGAGGAAAGGGAUUUCCUGUCAGUCCCAAAAGUCUAAAAGAGGGCUAUGUCAGUGUAAGUGAAAUUAGUGAGCUGUAUGGCAAUUCCACGAGUAUAUCCCCUUCCACUCAGCCCCCCACAGAUGCUGAAGCAGUUGCCACUGAGCCUUCCACGGCUGUGCUGACGAGCCAGCCACAAAAUAAAGAGCUAAGAUCACCUCUCUGUUCUGGAUUUGUGUUUCCUCACUCUCUUUCUCCUCGCUCUAUUGCUCAACUUCCAUCAGUCCAUUGGCCUGAGGUCAUGGCAACUCAUGUAGAUCCUAUUCCUUUAUCUGAUACACCUCCACCUCUGCCAGCUAAGAAACACCGCAGGCAACAACAGCAUUUCAGAAACCUGGAAGAGCGGAAGAAGCAGCACAGGGAGUGCAUGUACUUGAGUGACACUUUGCCGCGCAAGAAGUCGACGCCGUCUGUGUCACCGCAUUUCAACAGCGCCACGCUGGGUCGCAGCGUUGCAUCUAAAGGACAUUUGCCAUUAGGACAGAGCAAUAGCUGUGGCAGCGUGCUUCCUCACUGCCUGGCAACCAUGGCCAAAGAGUCAGAGUCCAGAAGGAUGCACAAAGGAAAAGCUAGAAGAGGAGCAAUUAGUCAUUCCAAAGGGUACAACCAUCAGCGUGUCUGUGAAAACCAAAGGCAGAAGUCUCCUGAGUUCUACAGCAGGACAGCAUCUGAGUCAAAUGUGUAUUUGAACAGCUUCCAUUACCCAGAUCGUAGCUACAAGGACCAUGCCUUUGAUACAUUAAGCUUGGAUAGCUCUGACAGCAUGGAGACAAGCAUAUCAGCUUGCUCACCUGAUAACAUUUCCAGUGCUAGCACUUCAAAUGUUGCAAGAAUAGAAGAGAUGGAGAGACUUCUGAAACAAGCGCACGCUGAAAAGACCAGGCUCCUUGAGACCAGGGAUCGGGAGAUGGAGGCUAAGAAACGAGCUCUGGAAGAAGAGAAGCGCCGCAGAGAGCAACUAGAAAAAAGACUGGAAGAAGAAACCAGCCAGAGGCAAAAAUUAAUUGAAAAGGAAGUCAAAAUACGUGAGAAACAAAGAGCACAGGCCCGUCCCUUGACUCGCUAUUUGCCUGUUAGAAAGGAAGACUUUGACCUCCGAAGUCACAUCGAGACAGCUGGCCACAACAUAGAGACCUGUUACCAUGUCUCUCUCACAGAGAAGACCUGCCGAGGCUUUCUGAUUAAAAUGGGAGGGAAAAUUAAAACAUGGAAAAAAAGAUGGUUUGUUUUUGACAGAAACAAGAGAACUUUUACUUAUUACGCAGACAAACAUGAAACUAAAUUAAAAGGUGUAAUAUAUUUUCAAGCUAUUGAAGAAGUCUAUUAUGAUCAUCUAAAGAAUGCAUAUAAGAGUCCCAACCCCUUGCUCACUUUCAGUGUCAAGACCCAUGACCGGAUAUACUACAUGGUUGCUCCCUCACCAGAAGCCAUGAGAAUAUGGAUGGAUGUGAUUGUCACUGGUGCAGAGGGCUACACCCACUUCAUGUUAUAACAAAUGGGGGCAACAGGGCAUCCUGCAAUAAUGUCACAUAUGAAGUUAGCCAUAUGUAGUGAAAUCUGAAAAGCCAGUGAAUACUCUGAAGUGUCCUCCUGAUGAUGUGCACCCGAAACCUCAGAAUGAGAGGGGUUUACAAAUGCAUUGAAAAGGGGGUGGAGGGUGUUAACUUGUUUUUGUUGAUGUUUAUAGCAAUGAAAGAGAAAAAGCUGUUGAGAGAAUCCUAGUGUUCCAAUAUGGAUCAUCAAACAAUUUCAGUCACAGCAUCUUGACUCAAUGGUAAUUUUCUAGAAAUUCUCUUGUACAGAGAAUGUUUUCAUAAACUCCUACUACACAGUCUGCAAAUAUAUGUUCUCAUCAGUAUGCAAGAAUUCUAGUAAUGGAACAAAAAGAUAUAUAGCAAGCAUAUAUUUUAAUAUGCAGCAUAAUUUAUAGAUGAUUAGGUGACUUUUAAAAACUUGUAGUCAAGUAUUUUAUACAAACAUAAACAAAAAAACAACCCUAAGGCACACACAGCUCUUGCCUUAGCAGUUAAUUAUUGCAACAGAGCCAAAGAGUUAUCCAAUCCCCUUACCAUGAAGUUUUCGUGUUGGUAGUAGUACCUAACUUCCUGUAAGGGGACAGUGCCAAAACUCUUCAUGCCUUUUAAUGUAAUUACUUUGUUAUGAUACUCUGAGUGUUCACUCAAUGGCACCAACUAUCUGCAUCUAUGGAGGGCAACAAAAAAAGGAUAGCUUUACAAAGAUGCCUUUUUCCACAGGGAUAUGAAAUGGAAACGUUGUAUUAAAUUCCUCAUAAGGAGGAGUGGGUUAAAAUCAUCCCUGUUGGAUAGAAGUAGCUAAUUCUAGACCCUCUGGCAGUCUUCCUUUGUACAUGGUUCCAACCUUACUCUGUGCCAAGCAAAUGCUCUACUGAAACCUCUCAAACAUUGGUCCCCUUGAAGGCAGCAUCAAAAUCUCUACCUAUAUAAAUUCUUUGGAGUCAGGUUUUCAGCCCUGGAGUUUUGUUGGUUUUUUCCAAGUGCAUAUUGGCACAGAAUAAUGCUAAUAAUUACAUGAAAAAGAGAAAGGCAAGUUCUAAGAGUUUAUGCUAAACAGUUUAGCAAUAGAAACCCCCUGAAAUUUUAAGUAGCAGAGGCUGAGGUUCCUAAACCAACAAAAAUACUGAGGGGUGCAGUGGUCACCCAUUUUAAAAUCACUUCCAAGUCCUUGAAUACUAUUGCAGAAACAAAUUAUUUAAUUGAACUGAACUACAGAGAAGUCUUUUGUAAUAUGACUUUUGAAAGUCAUUUAUUUCAGUAACAGAAACUUAUGUGCUAAGUCCUUUGUGUAACAGAAGAAAGCACAUUAGACUUUUCCUUGAUGAAAAGUUAAUGGCCUUUGAUGGGCAAGUUAAAAACUGAAUGCAGAAGUGUGCUGCCAGAACGUUUUUGUUAAUAAAGCCUGUCCCUGUAAUGACCAAGUUGAGUUUUUUUGUGGUGCAUACAGGUGAUAUGGUGGUUCCAGCACAGUGAACAUCAGAUUUGACCUGAAUCAUGAAAGAAGGGAGUGUUGUUGCAAGAUAAUUGUUAAUCACCUGAUCACAGCUUGUAAUCUAAUGACUUAAAACACUAUCAGAGAGAAAUUGCUUUGGUUUCUAUAAUUAUUUUUUCCUGAUGUAUCUUGAUUUUACUCCUAAAUAUGGUUAUAAUGGUUUUCUAAUAAUGAUUUUUGUAUCCUGCAUGACACAAGGAAGGCAUUUCAAUAAACAAUUUUAAAAAUA